UCAGCUAUGGUUGAAUACAAAAAUGAAGAUAUAAUGUGCCCAUCCGAAUUAAUUUUGAUGCUGCGCAACAAUUUGAACGAAUCUCUAGCUAGAACACUGAUAGAAAGAAAUAUUCGACUAUUCAAAGACUUCAUCAAACUCUCUGAAAACAAAGUUAUGGUUCAGGAUAUUCGUAAUGUGGCCCAAGUAGUGGAUAAUUUAUUUGGUUGUUUGGAAGAAAAUGAAUUAUAUUUAGCUCCUCUUCAUUGCCUGUUAAUUAUGUUAUCCAAUCCUCCACACAUGAACAAAGUCUCUGAUGCUAUCCAGUCUGUUUAUUUAUUGAAGGACUAUUUAAACAUUCUUGGUGGAUUGUUAUUGAAGUUGGUGGCUGAGAAGACGUUCCAGAAGAUGAUUCUUUCAAUAAUUCACAAUUUGUUCUCCAAGGAUGCAAGGAAAGAGAGCUCUGUCAUUGACAUUACGUGGUGUGUCGAAGCUCUUGAAUUGAGUUCCCUACCUCUAGAGAUUGCAAAUGUCUUGAAAUUGGAUUUCCAUCACAACCGUCAUGAAUUUUUAAUCGUUAUCGAUGUUAUUUCCGAUCUUUCAAGACAUUGUUGUUUGAAAAUGAUCAACUCUGGCAUGAUAAAUAUUCUACUUUCAAGUCUUGCCAAAACAGAUACGAAUAUUGAGGUUUCUCAUAUCAGCGAUAAUCAAUGUUUGAAUGUCAAUUUGAACCUUAUUUGGCGCUUAGUGGAAAUAUGUAAAACUGAAGAAUGCAGCAAACACAUUGAAGCUAUUUCAUCUACUGCUUUAAAAGAUUUCAUUAUGGUUUUGACAAGAAUUGAUCGAGAGGAGAAUAAUUUGAAGUCUUCAAAAAUUUACCGAAACAACAUAUUUUCACUACUCUUAGAACUGAUUCAUACUUUUCCAGAUCUGGAUCUCUCUAUCGUGAAAAACUAUUUCAUUGAACUUGUACGUAAUCGGAGAAAAGAGAUCCCACUAAGCGAAUUAGAAGAGGAAAAUGUUGAAUCCACUCCCAUAUACAAGAAGCUUGAUGUACAUUAUGAGAAAAUAUUCUUGUCAAUUUUAAAAUACUUGGUCACGAGUUCAUCAAAUACUCAAGACCAUCCAUUUUUAACGGAAGUUAUGGAAUUGCUGCUUGGAUAUUUGACUUGUUGGUCAAACCCCAAGGAUCAAAUAGUAUGGUCUUCUGUACAAGCCUCGCAGUUGCUCAUGGCUUUCAAAAUCUUGCCAUCUAUCUCAGCGAUGUUAAUGGACUACUUCAUCUCGAAAAACGGUCCCAAUAGACUUAUGCAGAUAAUAGAAUUAUUCAGACAUGAGAUGAUCGGUAUUACUGUCUUAUUUGAAGCUACACUGUGUUUAUUGAAAAUAUUCAAGAUGAACGAAAAGAGCACUGGCCUUCCUACUUUAAUGAAGCAGAUCGAUAUUCAUAUUAUGAUAAAAUUGACAAAAAGAUGUUUGGAAAUGGAAGUAAUGUCUACAUAUUUCCAAGAUCUAUUAACCAAUUUGCUGUGCAUAAUAAAUAGUCUCACUUGCCAGGAUAACUUGGAACCUUGUAUUAGGGAUUCCUUGUUCACGAUUGCAUUUGAUUCUAUUCAGCGUAUUCUGUUCCUCAAAAAAGUUGACUCAGUCUUGAGUAACAAAUUGAAUGUGGCAGUAAGUGAGGUUUUAUGGAAAUGUGUCAUCCAAUUCCCAGAAAGUUGGGAAAGGUUUAUCCAAGCAAAUGGCAUAUAUAUAAUUUUGGAUUUAGUUAUGAUUUUGCCUCACAUUUUGAAGAUAAAAUACCUUACAAUAUUGGCUGACUUAUGUGAAGAUCCAGUUAGUGUUCCUUAUCUUAUCACAUGGAGGACAAAAAGUAAAAUGGAUGGAGUACCUAUCGGCUCUGGAAUACUGACAGUGCUUUGUAAUCUUUGGAGACAAGAGGAAAAAUUAAUUGGAGUGAAAAGAGAUAAAUAUGGAUGUAUUGAAGACUGGCAAGAACCUUUAAUGGGAGAAGUUCAAAGAAACCUUCAAAAAGAAAUGAGAUUUGAAGCAUUUUCUGGCAUGUUCUCAAUGUUUGCAGAUAUGAGAAUCAAAAUCUAUAUAAUCAUUUAUUACUUGACUAUUCGGUAUAAAGAUAUAACAACUAUUGCUGAAAAUCACUUCAGAUUAAAUUAUUUACCUCUGAAUUCUUAUGAUAAGAUAACAAUGAAGUUGGCUGAAAAUUACUUCAAACUGAGUGUUGGGGGAAUUUGGAAAGAUCUGGCUCAAGAUAAUGUCACUCAUAGACCAUCCAAUGAGAUGUCACCAGUUUACAGAAAUAUCAUUCAAAGUCUAGCAGAGAAACAUGACAAAUUUACACAGAAUUUAAUAAGUGCCCAGAAAGAAAUUAUUGAACAACAAGAAAACGAGGCAAUUGAAAAAGAAGAGGAUUUGCAAUGUGUAGAUAAUAGUUGCAAAUUAGCGCACACCCUGAAAGCGUUGGCUGAGUUAUGCUUGAAUGCUAGGAUUGAAAGCAGGGAGCUCCUCCUGCAAGAAAAAACUAAACAGAAAAAACAGAUUGAGGAUUGCAGGAAGCAGGAAGGAAAAGAGGAUGUGAUAGAUACUUACCCAAAGAAUCUCCUAAUCACCACUAUGACUGCUGGUCGAAAAAGUAUGUAUCAAUGCAUACUAAACGGGGAAUACAGGUCACCAAAGUUUAAAUCACAUACUGAGAACGGAAUACAAAUCAUUAAAAACUAUUUUCCAGUGCCAUCGCAUUCAGAUACUUGCUUUGAGAAGGACUUCAUCGAUUCUAAUAAAGAUUAUUCAGAUGGGAAGCAAGACCAAAAACUUGACAAGAAAUUGAAACCCACUGGCGAUACAAGUAGAUUGAAUCCGAAGCAUUAUAAAUGCUUCAUCUAAAGAUUUUUUUCAAUUCUUACUCUACAGUACUUUUAAUUUUGAAAAUAUCUAAAAAAAAUUAAUAGCACAUUGGAUAUCACAGGUAUACAAGGGAAUUGAUUGAAGACAUUUUGAUUCGUUUUAUUUACAUGGUACCUAAUGGAACAUUAUGAUUCGGACAGUCAGACUUAAUUGAGGUCGUAAAGUUCGUUAAGCUUCUGCAAAGGCUAAAAAUACACUUUCUACUGGUGAUAUUUUUCAAAGUUUUAAAAUUUGUAUGUCAUCAAGCUAUCAAAAUGAAAAAGUUUUCUCAGGAAAACAUUUUUUUCUGAUCAUUAUUUU